GUUGGCUAACAUCCGCUGAUGCUUCUUUAUUCUUUGUUCAGUCAAUAAUGAAUUUUAGCAAUGGCGAUAAAGCUUCCUUCUUCAAGAUAUUACUAAAUGACUCGGUAGACUACCUUACAUUGCCGACUGCUUUUGCGAAAAAGUUUUUGGAAAACAGCAACAACAAGAAACAAACACUUGUUCUCAAACCCAAAUCAGCUGUCAAAUGGAUUGUGAAAUACUCAAAGAACGAAGACAAACACUACUUUAAGGAUGGAUGGCUCAAAUUCGUUAAUGACAAUCUUCUUCAAGUGGGAGACUUUCUUGUCUUCUGGCUUCUCUCUGCUUCUCCAAACUCGAGCUUUCAGGUCUUCUUCUAUGAACCCAAUGGUUGUCUCAAACACCCAGUUAGUUCUUCAGGGAGUUUCCGUUCGAUACUGCCGACUGCCGAUCGCCGCCUAUUGUUGGUGGACAAAGUGACAGCUGAGGUGAUGCGCGGAGGUGCAGGUGAUGGGAUGAUACGCUGCGUGAAAGAAGAAACCAGUAAUAAUCAUGACGAGGGCGAUGAUGAUGAUGAUGAUUCCCUGCAAAAGGUCCACAAAUCGAUAAGGAAGGUUCUCCGGAAAUCCUACCUUCAUCAAUUGCCGAUGACAAUGACUUUUUGGAAAGCCAGCAGACUGAAUAGGUACGACAGUGUGCGCCUGAGGACAAACGAAGGGAAGAUCUGGAAAGUGGGGGUAAGUAAGUACGGAAAGAUUAACUUCCCAAACCUGACAAGUGGAUGGUACGAUUUCUGGAAGAGUAAUGACAUAAAGAAGAGUAAUACACUUCAGUUUACUCAUGUGAAAGGCAACCUUCUUCAUGUGCAUGUGAUCAAGAGGCACAAAGGAAGAACCAUCAACAAGAAAACAUCGUAGUCAUGAAGUUGAAGAAUCAAGGGAAUCUUAGAAUUUGAACUUACUUCGAUGUGUUUUUGAACUUUAUUAUCUAUUUAACUAAGAAAGUUGGACGCUAGAAUUAGUUUCAAAGAUGUUUGCCUUGUUAUGGGAAAUUUUUUGUUCGGUGGACUUUAGUUAAUCCCAAAGACUUAUUGGACUAUCAAAUGGCAAUUGAUUCGAGCA